UAUAGGAGGAGCUCUCUGUCCACACACACCCAGUCCAACCCUGGUCUGACCCUCACCCUUCUACUCUUCCUUUCCUCUACUCCUCUGGGAUUGACCUGACCACUCUUCCUCUACUCCUCUGGGAUUGACCUGACCCCUCUUCCUCAUCUCCUCUUUCUAUCACUUCUUCCUCUUGUCCUCCGUGUGGAGGAGAGCCACAGAGCCAUGCACCCCCAGCGUCCUCUCCCCCAGGCCAUGCCCUCCUCCCUCGGGCAGAACCUGCGUGACAUGGCCAUGGGCCUAGGCAGAGGGAAGAACUUACUGGGUGGGAACAUCGCCUACGGCUUCAUCCAGUCCCUCAAGGAGUGCCUCUACUUCGUACUCUGCUGCUGGUGCAUCAAGGAGAUACUGGACUGACUGACCGAUGACUGAGACACUACGAGAGGGAGAGAGAGGUACGAGGCUAUGAUGUUAAACGCAGCGUGUGAAGCGGUUGCCCAUGAUGCAGUUCUGUAUUCCUGUCUGGAGGCUUGAGAAACUGAUGUGCUGCCUAGAGUAUCGGAGGACCUCUGUUAUUCUCUGAUCCUGAGUCAGUCAGUCUGGAGACCUGUAGUGCAGUGUGUGUGGCAUCUUAACACCAAUCAGCUGAUCCUAGACCUGUGGAGAAACCAAACCUGUGAGGCAGUGGACAUGGUUUUUGAUGCUGCUUAGGUCACAUUUAAUUCCAGGUUUUAUUCAUUUCCUGUACUAUCUUAAUAUGCAAGGAUUAAAAAGGAAUGUAAUAUCUGAUUUGUGUGUGUGUGUGCUAUCAAAAGUCAGAUUGUGUGUAAAAUAAAAUAAAAGUAUAGCCUGUUUUCUGCAUCUGACAAUGUCAUCAGUGUUAGGUGUCACCACUCAAUGUCGGAAAGCAUUGCGUAUGGUAUAUUUUGCAUACCCACUCUUAUCACCUGCGUGUGUCAAUCAAUCUGAACGUGUGCAAAUCGAGCGACACGAGAGAGCGAUGUCAUUGGUCGAGAUGGCCAGUGAGGGGUGGAACAUCAGAGAAUGCCCUCCCCCAGUUGGAAAAGAGAGCGUGCAUCACGCAAGUGUAAAAGCGACUCUUCCAAGUUCCAAAGUUGGAUGGAUCCAAUUAAUUUGGCGGAAAGGGAUUGAUACACAAUUGCCAUUAAGGAAAGCUACGCAUUUAGA